AUGACGAAUGUUUUGAAGAAUUUGAGUAUUGGGAACGCUAAAAAUAUUCAACCAGCUGCUGCCAUUCAAAGUGAUGAUGUAUCAUGUGUGUUUUGUGGAGAAGGGCAUGCAAACAAUGGGGCAUUCUCAAACUCUUACAAUCAAGCAUGGAAGAAUCAUCCUAAUUUAUCUUGGGGGGGUCAAGGAGCAAGCUCAAGCACCACACCAGUCCAAGGAAGACAAGCAUAUCCACCGGGUUUUUCACAACAACCGGGACAUUCACAACAUGCUCAAAAUUCCCAACCGAGUUCUUUGGAGAGUUUAAUGCAGGAUUAUAUGGCCAAAAAUGAUGCGGUGAUACAAAGUCAAGCUGCAUCUCUUCGAAACUUAGAGUUGCAACUUGGACAUUUGGCCAAUGAAUUAAAAGCUAGGCCGCAAGGUUCUUUGCCUAGUGACACGGAGAAUCCAAGGAGGGAUGGGAAGGAACAAUGCAAAUCCAUUCACUUGAGGAGUGGCAAGCAUCUGAAAAAUUCCGAGGAGGAAAUAAAGGGUAGUGGGGAGCCCACUUCAAUCCAAAUCGACGAAAAAUUGAGUAAAAAUCGCCCAGAACUUGCCGAUACUGCACCGGUUGAUACAAAGAAAGGAUUUCGGAAACAACAGCAAGAUGGGCAAUUCAAGAGGUUUCUAGAUGUGUUGAAGCAGCUCCAUAUCAAUAUUCCCUUGGUGGAAGCAUUGGAGCAAAUGCCGAAUUAUGUCAAGUUCUUAAAAGAUAUUUUGACGAAGAAAAGGAGGUUGGGGGAGCUUGAAACUGUGGCUCUUACCGAAGGAUGCAGCGCCAUGUUGAAAAGUAAGAUUCCACAUAAAUUAAAAGAUCCGGGCAGCUUCACAAUUCCAAUUUCUAUUGGGGGAUGGGAUGUUGGAAGAGCUCUUUGUGAUUUGGGAGCUAGUAUUAAUCUCAUGCCCAUGUCUAUUUUCAAGAAGUUGGGAAUUGGAGAAGCAAGGCCAACCACCGUCACUUUGCAAUUAGCGGAUCGUUCCAUGGCUCAUCCGGAUGGAAAAAUUGAAGAUGUUUUGGUACAAGUAGAUAAGUUCAUCUUUCCGGCGGACUUCAUUAUUCUUGACUAUGAGGAAGAUAGGGAAGUUCCAAUCAUUUUAGGGAGGCCAUUUCUUGCCACGGGAAGAACUUUGAUAGAUGUUGAAAAAGGAGAGCUCACCAUGAGAGCUCAAGAUGAGCAAGCCACAUUCAAGGUUUUCCAUCCCAUAGUGCUCUGGAUGCAAUAG